AUGGUGUUAUUUCAGUCAAUUAAUAGACUAGCAGACCCGAACACCGGGGCUGGUCUCACAGGGAACAGACGCAGACGAAUAUUCGUUCCACCGUCAACUAAGCGUCCGUUGUUCAGUUAUGGAGAAGGAGAAGAUCAAAGAUCGUUUUUAUCGUUGAUUGAAAAUGGGUCGGAGUUUGGAGCAGAGCAGGAUGUCAGUGAUACUGCGAGUGUUAGCACUUCAAGGUCAUUACCAGACUCUUUGAGCAGUGCACAAGCCACUGAAGAUCAGGAACUGUUUCAUUCAUGGUUAAUUGAAGAACAUCAUCGACGUAUGUCAUCGGCCGCCACUUCCGACGAGGAUGACUUAGAUCACGAUCACAUAUUUGGGGAAAAUAUCUACGGAUCAGGGAGAAGGCGAACGAGCUUGAAAUCGUCAAAGAGCUAUGAUUUAGACAACUUUAUGAAUUUAAAAACAAACUAUGCCACUGAAGCCAAAGUCUUGUUCCGUCAUGCAUUGCCUUUAAUUGUCACAUUUAUACUAGAGCAUCUUUUCUCAAUUGUUUGUUUGAUAGUGGUGGGGAAAUUGGGGACAAAGGAGUUAGCAGCAGUGAGUUUGGCCACCAUGACCUCGACAAUAACAUUUGGGAUCUUUGAAGGAACAGCAACUGCACUAGAUACGUUGUGCUCUCAAGCUUAUGGAGCCAAGAAUUACGAGCUAAUGAGUGUUUACGUUCAGCGAUGUGUUUUAUUUUCAUGGGUAUUGUUUGUACCUUGUGGCCUUUUGUGGUGGUUCAGCGCAUAUAUCCUACAGUUUAUCAUUGACGACGACGGUGUCGUUCAAUUAACAUCUCAAUUUUUGAGAAUAUUGAUUGUGGGUGCUCCAGGGUAUAUUGUAUUUGAAAACGGUAAAAGAUUCUUGCAAGCACAGGGUAUAUUCGAAGCAGGAACUGGCGUGUUAUUCAUCAGCGCGCCAAUCAAUAUAUGUUUGUCUUGGUUCUUGGUGUGGAAUAAAACUUAUGGAUUGGGAUACAUUGGUGCACCUAUUGCCACUGCACUUAACUUUUGGGUCAUGUCACUCUUGCUUGUAUUGUACGUCAGAUUCAUUGACGGAAAGAAAUGCUGGUAUGGACUCGCUAAGGUCUCGGAGUUAUUGAAAGAUUGGGGUCAAUUUGCUCAUUUGGCAUUACCAGGAAUUGUGAUGAUAGAAUCAGAGUAUUUGGCAUACGAGAUAAUGACCCUUUUUGCAUCGUAUUUCGGCACGAAACCGUUGGCAGCUCAAAGUGCGGUUUCUAGUAUUGCAUCAUUAUCUUACAUGGUUCCCUUUGCUUUGGGUAUUGCUGCUUCAACACGUAUAGCUCAUUUCAUUGGUGGUCAGAAUAUGGAGGGGGCAAUCAUUGCUACUAGAGUGGCCAUGCUUGGAGGUUUAGUCGUGGCCAGUGCCAACUGUUUAGCAUUCGUCACUUUUAAGAACCAGUUGGCAAAGAUAUUCACCAAUGACAAAGAUGUCAUUGGGUUAAUAGCUAACUUACUUGAUCCUUUGGUGGCAAUAUUGCAAGUAUUUGAUGGAGUAGCUUGUGUUGAUAGUGGUAUUUUGAGAGCACAAGGGCAACAGAAAAUCGGAGGAGUGAUAAACUUGAUUGCAUACUAUGCAUUUGCAUUACCAUUAGCUUUAAUUUUGAGUAAGAAUUUAGGCUAUGGUCUUUUCGGAUUAUGGUUUGGUAUUGGAAGUGGUAUGGUGGUGAUCUCAUUGAGCGAAACAUGUUUCAUAUUGUUCAGUGAUUGGGAUCUGAUAUUGAUGCAGGCAGGUCUACUCAAUGACUCUGACGAGGAAGACGAAGAGGAGUCGGUGUGA